AUGAACAGCAUCCUACUUGUCACCUUGUUGGUGUUCCUCGGAACACAAGGCCGUGAUCAUCAAUAUCAUGCCUUGACUCUGAAAGUAAAACACCAGCCCUUCCCGUUCACAUUCCACAACCAAGAUUCUGCUUCUUCUUCUGUGACACAGGGAUUCUCUGGCCUCUUCUACACAGACGACCUCUACAUAGGCACUCCUCCCCAAAAAGUCAACAUUGCCAUUGACACCGGCAGCAGUCCGACAUGGGUGCAGUCUGCCCAUUGUACCGAGUGUUUCAACGUCUCAUUCCCCAACUUCAACCCCGACAAUUCCAUAACUUUCCACCCAAUGCCCUCCCACCACCCGCUCUGUGUCCCUAUCUGGUUUGCUCCCGCGGGCAACUUCUGCCAGUACAGUGUGGGUUACAUCGGACACCAGUUCACCAAGGGCGACGUCGGCUUCGACACCUUCACCUUCACUCAUCAUGAUGUCACAAACGACCAAACUGGGCACCGCCACCACAAAAGCCAAAUCCAGAAUGUGGCAUUUGGGUGCGGCGUCGUCAACCGCAUCCCUGAUUUGCCAGCACAUCCUCGGCCUGCCAACCCCGUAUCUGGAAUUUUGGGGCUGGGGAGGGAUCAUCCCUCCAGCUUCCUGCUCCAACUGAGGGAUAUAACGUUGCUGAAAUUCUCAUACUGCCUGCCUAGACGCGUCGGAGACGAGGCGUCUCUGUUUUUCGGCGAAGAGGCAGAGCUCAAAGUUCCUGCGGGUCAAAUCCAAACAACGCCAAUUGUGGGGCCAUCAGAUGAGUUUUAUUAUUUAAACAUGACGAGUAUAAGCUUGAAUGGAUCCAUUCUUCCAAUCGAUCCGAAGCUGUUUACAUCCGAGGGCGACUAUGGAGUUGUUAUAGAUUCGGGGUCUCAGUACUCUGUGUUCGUGGACGCAGUUUAUCAAGUCGUGCGGAAGGCAAUGGUCUCCUACUUUAUGGAUGAGUGGCUGUUGCAAGCUCUGCCUCCCAACAAAACUAGGUCCAAAAUAGACCUUUGCUAUGACAUCACAGACAUAGCAGCAGCAGCAGGAGGAAGAGGCGGGCUGUUUUCGGUUGCGCCGCGGAUGGUGUUUCAGUUCGAUGGCGCCAGCCUUGAGCUAAACCAGGAGACGACCUUCCAAAUUUUUGAUGAAUUCAAUGAAUUCUGCCUGAUGAUAGAAUCAGCGAACAAAUUUGAAUCCCCAAACAUCUUCGGAGCAUUCCAGCAGUUCAACCACAGAUUUGUAUAUGAUGUUGGGGCAUCCAAGUUGUCAUUUUUUCCAGAAAAAUGCUGA